CUACCCCUAGCUUUCCUCACUGAGCCUGACUCCAUUUUCUCUCUCUCUUCUCUGUAACCACUCUCAACAGAGAUUUACGACGGAAGGUUGCUUCAUACCUCGGAGAAUUUUGGACGGACAGCGAGGACAGCGAGGCUAAGCCAAUGUCAACAUUAUCUGAAAAGCCGGCACUGCCUUCGAAGGAGACUGUCAAGCAGGAGAUACAGCAGGAUAUUCAGGCCAUCAAGUCCCCGUCGUUAUCUGGCCUUCGGUCUCUGGUUGCUGGGGGUGUUGGAGGGGUUUUCGCCGUCAUUAGUGGCCACCCAUUUGAUCUGGUCAAGGUCCGCCUUCAAACGGCCGAGAAGGGUGUUUACUCUGGCGCUUUUGAUGUCGUGAGGAAAACUGCCGCUCGUGAGGGCAUGGUAAGGGGGUUGUAUGCGGGUGUAUCGGCACCAUUGAUCGGUGUUACACCGAUGUUUGCUGUAUCAUUCUGGGGUUACGACGUCGGUAAAAAUCUCGUCCGCCGCUUCGCAACAGUCAACAGCAACCAAAUGUCUAUCGCGCAAAUUUCCUUUGCAGGCUUUUUCUCGGCGAUCCCGAUGACUCUUAUCACCGCGCCCUUUGAGCGGGUAAAGGUUCUCCUGCAAAUACAAGGCCAGACCGGGGAAAAGAAAUAUUCCGGUGGUAUGGAUGUUGUCCGACAGCUUUACAAGGAGGGCGGCAUUCGCUCAGUAUUUCGUGGAUCGGCAGCGACGCUGGCCCGAGAUGGACCCGGAUCCGCAGCAUACUUUGCCACAUACGAGUAUAUCAAGCGACGCCUAACACCCGAGGGUGAGGGUAAGUUGAGCAUGAGCGCUGUGAUGGUUGCGGGGGGCGCCGCAGGUAUGGCGAUGUGGUUGUUGGUGUUUCCCGUGGAUACGGUGAAGAGUCGUCUGCAGAGUGCCCAGGGCAAACCGACCAUUGGAGGUGUCGUUCGCGAGAUCCACGGAAGGGGUGGGUUCAAGGCAUUCUUUCCGGGCUUGGGUCCAGCGCUCGCCAGGAGUGUACCGGCAAACAGUAUGUGCUUUUUGGGCGUUGAGUUGGCGCACAAGCUGAUGGAUAAGACGUUUGGUUGAAAGCAUUAUCGUAAUGCUUCUGCUCUCCUUUCUCUUGCUUGUUCUUGGCUUUCUAUUGUUUGCAGCGGGUGUCUAGGAUAGAUCGAUAGAUGAUGUAUUAGUAGGAGUACAGAUGUAUAGUAUACGAUCCUGGAGAAUUCGAGAUUUUGGCCAGGA